GUGCACUGCAAACACAGAGGAAGAAGAAGAAGAAGAAGAAGAAGAAGAAGAAGAAGAAGAAGAAGAAGAAGGGAUGGCGCCUAUGAAGGUGUACGGCUGGGCGGUGUCGCCAUGGAUGGCGCGGGUCCUCGUCUGCCUGGAGGAGGCCGGUGCCGAGUACGAGUUCGUGCCCAUGAGCAGGAACGGCGGCGACCACCGGCUGCCGGAGCACCUCGCCAGAAACCCCUUCGGCGAGAUCCCGGUGCUGGAGGACGGCGAUCUGACGCUCUACCAAUCCCGUGCCAUCGCAAGGCAUAUUCUGCGCAAAUGCAAGCCCGAGUUUCUAGGAGCGGGCAGCCUCAAGGAGUCGGCGAUGGUGGACGUAUGGGUCGACGUGGAUGCCCACCAGCUUGAGCCCGUACUCAAGCCCAUCGUGUUUAACUGCAUCAUCAACCCGUUCGUUGGGAGGGACGUCGACCAGGGCCUCGUCGAUGAGAGCGUCGAGAAGCUCAAGAAGCUGCUGGAGGUGUAUGAGGCGAGGCUCUCAAGCAACAAGUACUUGGCCGGUGAUUUCGUCAGCUUCGCCGACCUCACCCAUUUCUCCUUCAUGCGCUAUUUCAUGGCGACGGAGCAUGCGGUUGUGCUCGAUGUGUAUCCGCACGUAAAGGCAUGGUGGGAGGCGCUGCUGGCAAGGCCGUCGGUCAAGAAGGUGAUAGCUGGCAUGCCUCCGGACUUUGGAUUCGGGAGCGGGAACAUACCAUGAUAAGGCAUAUGCUUUGUGUGCUUGUGAUGCUCUAAUCAUCUCUACCCAACCCACGAGCAAUAAAGUAAGCAAAGUGUGGGUGUGGGUAUGAAAUAACUUGUUUCGGUGAAUUGUUUCCUAAUACCAAUUAGAAUUGAUUCUCAAAAAAAGUAAGUUCAAGGUCUAUGCCCUCUAUUUCUGUCAGCAGUACCAUGGUUUUCACACCAAUGUUGUUGCAAAGUCUCUACUAUUACUUAAAAAGAAUGUAAGGUUCCGUUUCA